GACGAAGUAAUCAACGUGAUCUCGCGCAAAGGACAAAUUUUCAUUACAAAACACCGUGGAACUUAUUCUUCUAAUUGAGGAAUAUUUUAUCACAUAUUUCAAGGAGGUCACUUCAUUAUUUACAGAUAGAUUUGAUACCGUGGAUUGUGUGGAAAUGUGUGACUUGCACUCGUGUGUUUUGAAUGCCAGCUGAGUUGUUUGGAGGAGUUCUUCGUACAACAUGACAAUUCACUCACGUUCUACUAAGUGCAGCUGGAAUUUCUGCACAUAGCAAAUGCCUUGAUCGACUACGUUAUUACUUUUCUUCGACACUUCUACCUCACUCAAGAAUUAAACAGAGGAAGCCUUAAAUAUGGGGAUUUUAUACAUUUUAAACUGCAGUGCAUCUUGGAGCGGGAAACUGCGGGCCAGCUUCGUUGUAAUGUUUGGGUUAAGCUUAAUUCUUCUGAGCUACACAGAUUUAGUUAGCGCUCAAGCGCCUUGUGAUUGCGAGACCGAAUGUCCUUGUAGUCAAAGCAAUUGCACUGCGGGGCAAUAUUGGCUUUCUGAUGUUGGAUGCGUUGAAUGUCCUGCCGGGCACUUCUGCCUGGGAAACGACACAGCUCCAGAGCCCUGUCCAGCAGGAACCGAGAACUCGAACACGGGUUCGGUGAAUUCGUCAGCCUGCUCGGUUUGCGAGUCAGGAUCAAACAGCUCAGCAGGGUCAAUAUCGUGCUCUCCCUGUCCUGCUGGUUAUGACUGCACCUCUUUAUCUGGGAAUGUCACCCUGUGUGCAGCUGGAACCUAUUCGAAUUAUGGAGAAGGAAUUUGCCAUUCAUGUCCCAGUGGCAAGGUGUGCUUAGAUCCUUCACAGCAACCUCAGUACUGUCCUGGAGGUUAUGAACCAGAUGGUUUGCAAACACAAUGUUCCCCUUGUGGGGCAGGAACAUUUUCAUAUAAUGGAACAUCAUGUCAAACAUGUGCUAAUGGAAGCUACAGUCUCGAAGGAGCAGCAGAGUGUACUGUCUGUCCACCGGGACAUCAAUGCUUGAACAAAACUAUCGAGCCAGUGAGAUGUAAUGCUGGGGAAUAUGCAGCUGCUGGAAAAACUAAUUGUUUAGAGUGUGACAAAGGAUUUUAUUGCCCAAAUGUACCAUUAGCAAGUCCUUUACCAUGUUUUAAUGGUACUUACACUAACACUGUGGGACAAACAGAAUGCCAGCUCUGCACAGCAGGAAACUUCUGUCCUUUUGCAUCUCAAGGAGAGCAGCCCUGUGAGAAUGGGACAUACAGUAAGAAUGGGUCAACUGUCUGUACCGAGUGUCCAGGUGGCCACAGCUGUGCUGAUCCAAGUGCAGAUCCAUCACAGUGUUCAAGUGGAACUUAUGCACCAUCAGGAAGCCUGCAGUGUCUGUCGUGUCCAAAAGGAUCUCACUGCCCAUCUGCAGGGCUUGUAGAAUACAUUCCUUGUGUCAAUGGCACUUAUACAGACAGUGUGAAUCAAACAAGCUGUCAGAGCUGUCCAGCUGGUCAGAAGUGUCCAAAUCCAGCCCAAUCACCAGAGGACUGCCCCAGUGGGACCUAUAGUAUGGGUGGGCAGGCAGAUUGUUUGGUGUGUCCUGAAGGUCAUAGCUGUCCUGUGAACUCAGAGGACCCUAGUCCAUGCAGAAAUGGCAGUUUUGCUCCAGCCAAGAGCACCUACUGCUAUUCAUGUCCAAUUGGCUCACAAUGUCCAUCUGAAAAGCUUUCUUUCCACCUUCCUUGUGCAAACGGUUCUUUCUCAGUUGUGGAGAAUGCCACUAGCUGUACUGAGUGCCCUGCUGGUUCAAAGUGUCCCAAUCCUGCUGUGGGACCAGUACAGUGUGAGAAUGGGACGUACAGUAAGGCUGGAGCCACCCACUGUAUAGAAUGUCCAAGUGGACACAGAUGCACAGACAAAUCAGCUGAUCCAGUUGCAUGCUUACAAGGAUCCUUUGCACCAUCAGGAAGCAUAGAAUGUCAAGAAUGUCCUAUUGGCUCACACUGUCCAUCCAACAGCUCCGAAAAACAUGUGCCUUGUUCUCCGGGCUCAUAUGCCAAUGUGACAUCACUAUCUCAGUGUUUGGAAUGUCCAGCUGGUUACUUUUGUCAAAACCCAGCAGAAUCUCCUGUCUUUUGUGAAAAUGGAACAUACAGUAAAGGGAACGUUGCCAAUUGCACGGUGUGCCCUCCAGGAUUCAGGUGUCCUUACAAAGAUUCAGACCCUCUGCCAUGUCUAAGUAAAACAUAUGGACCAGGAGGAAGUCUGGAUUGCCGUCUGUGUCCAGCUGGAUCACACUGCCCCUCAGCUGAGCUUUCUACUCACAUCCCUUGUCGUAAUGGAACAUACACAGAUUCAGAGGGACAUGAUGAAUGUCUUCAGUGUCCUGCAGGAUUUAAGUGUCCUAAUCCUGCUACUUCUCCAGUGUCCUGUGAAAAUGGGACAUUUAGCUACCUUGGAUCUUCACAGUGUACCAUUUGCCCAGCAGGGUACAGUUGUCCAAAUAAAACAACACCUGUGGAAUGCUUGGAUGGUUCAUUUGCUGCAGAAGGAAGCCUUGAAUGUCAGCCAUGUCCAAAAGGAACUUUCUGCCCAACGAAAGGACUAACUAUGUACCAUCUCUGUGCUAAUGGAACUUAUUCAGAUAUAGAAGGCCUGAAUGAUUGUAAACUGUGUGAUGCAGGCUUCAGGUGUCCAAGCGUUGGGAUGGAAGCACCAGAAGAAUGCCCUAAUGGCAGAUAUAGCAACACAACUGGCGCUCGAUAUUGUGUUCUGUGUCCAGAAGGUCAUAGCUGUCUAAACAAUCUGACACACCCUGUGGAAUGCUUAGCUGGCUCAUAUGCCACAGCAGGGAGCACUGAAUGUCAGCCUUGUCCAAAAGGAGCUUUCUGCCCAAUCAAAGGACUUCCAAUGUACCAUCUCUGUGCUAAUGGAACUUAUUCAGAUGAGGAAAGGCUGCAUGAUUGUAAACUGUGUGAUGCAGGCUUCAGGUGUCCAAGUGUUGGAAUGGAGGCCCCUGAAGAAUGCCCUAAUGGGACAUAUAGCAGCACAAUUGGUUCUAGAUAUUGUGUCUUGUGUCCAGAAGGUCAUAGCUGUCUAAACAAGACACAUCCUGUGGAAUGCUUAGCUGGCUCAUAUGCUGCAGCAGGGAGCACUGAAUGUCAGCCUUGUCCAAAAGGAGCUUUCUGCCCAACAAAAGGACUACCAACAUACCAUCUCUGUACCAAUGGAACUUAUUCAGAUGAGGAGAGCCUGAAAGAUUGUAAACUGUGUGAUGCAGGCUUCAGGUGUCCAAGUGUUGGAAUGGAGGCACCUGAAGAAUGCCCUAAUGGAACAUAUAGCAACACAAUUGGUGCUAGAUAUUGUGUUUUGUGUCCAGAAGGUCAUAGCUGUCUAAACAAGACACAUCCCGUGGAAUGCUCAGCUGGCUCAUAUGCUGUGGUAGGGAGCACUGAAUGUCAGCCUUGUCCAAAAGGAGCAUUCUGUCCAACAAAAGGACUAUCAACAUACCAUCUCUGUGCCAAUGGAACUUAUUCAGAUAUAGAAGGCCUGAGCAAUUGUAAAACAUGUGAUGCAGGCUUCAGGUGUCAAAGUGUUGGAAUGGAGGCACCUGAAGAAUGCCCUAAUGGAACAUAUAGCAACUCAACUGGUGCUAGAUAUUGUGUUUUGUGUCCAGAAGGUCAUAGCUGCAUGAACAAAACACAGCCUGUAGAAUGCUCAGCUGGCUCAUAUGCAACCACUGGGAGUAUCAAAUGUCAGCCUUGUCCAAAAGGAGCAUUCUGUCCAACAAAAGGACUAUCAACAUACCAUCUCUGUGCCAAUGGAACUUAUUCAGAUAUAGAAGGCCUGAGCAAUUGUAAAACAUGUGAUGCAGGCUUUAGGUGUCCAAGUGUUGGAAUGGAGGCACCUGAAGAAUGCCCUAAUGGAACAUAUAGCGACUCAACUGGUGCUCGAUAUUGUGUUUUGUGUCCAGAAGGUCAUAGUUGUCCAAACAAAACACAACUUGUAGAAUGCUUAGCUGGCUCUUAUGCAGCCACUGGGAGCAUCAAAUGUCAGCCUUGUCCAAAAGGAGCUUUCUGCCCAACAAAAGGACAAUCAACAUACCAUCUAUGUGCUAAUGGAACUUAUUCAGAUAUAGAAGGCCUGAGUGAUUGUAAAACAUGUGAUGCAGGCUUCAGGUGUCCAAGUGUUGGAAUGGAGGCACCUGAAGAAUGCCCUAAUGGAACAUAUAGCGAAUCAACAGGGGCUCAAAAUUGUGUUUUGUGUCCAGAAGGUCAUAGUUGUCCAAACAAAACUCAACCCGUAGAAUGCUCAGCUGGCUCAUAUGCAGCCACUGGGAGUAUCAAAUGUCAGCCUUGUCCAAAAGGAGCUUUCUGCCCAAUGAAAGGACUUCCAACAUACCAUCUGUGUGCUAAUGGGACUUAUUCAGAUAUAGAAGGCCUGAGUGAUUGUAAAAUAUGUGAAGCAGGCUUCAGGUGUCCAAGUGUUGGAAUGGAGGCACCUGAAGAAUGUCCUAAUGGAACAUAUAGCCACUCAGCUGGUGCUAGAUAUUGUGUUUUGUGUCCAGAAGGUCAUAGCUGCCCAAACAAAACACGACUUGUAGAAUGCUCAGCUGGCUCGUAUGCUGCAGCAGGGAGCACUGAAUGUCAGUUUUGUCCAAAAGGAGCUUUCUGCCCAACGAAAGGACAAUCAACAUACCAUCUCUGUGCUAAUGGAACUUAUUCAGAUAUAGAAGGCCUGAGUGAUUGUAAAAUAUGUGAUGCAGGCUUCAGGUGUCCAAGUGUUGGAAUGGAGGCACCUGAAGAAUGCCCUAAUGGAACAUAUAGCUAUUCAGCUGGUGCUAGAUAUUGUGUUUUCUGUCCAGAGGGUCAUAGUUGUCCAAACAAAACACAACCUGUAGAAUGCUCAGCUGGCAUGUAUGCAGCCACUGGGAGUGCAAAAUGUCAGCCUUGUCCAAAAGGAGCUUUCUGCCCAACGAAAGGACUUCCAACAUAUCAUCUCUGUGCUAAUGGAACAUAUUCAGAUAUAGAAGGCCUGAGUGAUUGUAAAAUAUGCAAUGCAGGCUUCAGGUGUCCAAGUGUUGGAAUGGAGGCACCUGAAGAAUGCCCUAAUGGAACAUAUAGCGAAUCAACUGGUGCUCGAUAUUGUGUUUUGUGUCCAGAAGGUCAUAGUUGUCCAAACAAAACACAACUUGUAGAAUGCUUAGCUGGCUCGUAUGCAGCCACUGGGAGCAUCAAAUGUCAGCCUUGUCCAAAAGGAGCUUUCUGCCCAACGAAAGGACAACCAACAUACCAUCUCUGUGCUAAUGGAACUUAUUCAGAUAUAGAAGGCCUGAGUGAUUGUAAAAUAUGUGAUGCAGGCUUCAGGUGUCCAAGUGUUGGAAUGGAGGCACCUGAAGAAUGCCCUAAUGGAACAUAUAGUGACUCAACCAGAGCUCUAAAUUGUGUUUUGUGUCCAGAAGGUCAUAGUUGUCCAAACAAAACACAACUUGUAGAAUGCUUAGCUGGCUCUUAUGCAGCCACUGGGAGUAUCAAAUGUCAGCCUUGUCCAAAAGGAGCUUUCUGCCCAACAAAAGGACAACCAACAUACCAUCUCUGUGCUAAUGGAACUUAUUCAGAUAUAGAAGGACUGAGUGAUUGUAAAAUAUGUGAUGCAGGCUUUAGGUGUCCAAGUGUUGGAUUGGAGACACCUGAAAAAUGCCCUAAUGGAACAUAUAGCAACUCAACUGGUGCUCGAUAUUGUGUUUUGUGUCCAGAAGGUCAUAGGUGCACUGUGAAGAGUGAUGCGCCCGUGUUGUGUGGCAGAGGAUUUUAUGCAUCUGAAGGAAGCACGUCUUGUGAUGAUUGUCCUGUUGGGUUUUACUGUCCACUGCUUAUCACUGCUAGUCCACAGCCAUGUGCUUCUGGGUUUUAUGCAAACGAAACUAAAUCUGUCAGUUGUACUGAAUGUGAUAGAGGAUACCAAUGUCCAGACCCUACACAACCCCCAGAACAAUGUCCGGCUGGUUAUUUCAGUUCUGCAAAGGGACAAACAAGCUGUACUCAGUGUGCACCAGGAUACUAUUCAGAAAUCCCUGGGCAGUCUUCCUGCCAGGCAUGUCCUCCUGGAAGCCGGUGCCCUCUCAGGGAUAGGCCACCAGAGCAGUGUGUAUUUGGCCAGUACUCUCCAGUGGCUUCAACUGAGUGUUUGACUUGCGCAGCUGGAAAGAUCUGUAAGGAUCCUGCCCUUCCGCCCGAGGCAUGUGAGGUCGGGACAUACAGUAAUGGAUCUCACUGUAUACCAUGUGACCUUGGUCACUACUGUCCGUCUCCUGCAAAUGCUCCGCAGCCCUGCCCUGCUGGCACUUAUUCUAAUGAAACUGGGGCAGUCACCUGCAAGGCCUGUGAUGCAGGACAUUCAUGUUUAAAUCCAUCCAACACACCUGUCGCUUGUCCUGCAGGACAGUACAGUAUAUCAGGACAAUCAUCAUGUGCCAAAUGUCCAGAUGGAAGGUACAGUCUUGGUGGUGCAUCAGCCUGUCAAGUGUGCCCUGCAGGUCGCUCGUGCAUGAAUGGCUCCAUUCCAAUACCACCGACAGAGUGUUCCCCAGGAACAUACAGUCCUGCUGGAGUUGGUAUUUGCCAUGCAUGUCCUUUAGGGACACAUUCUGGUACUGCAGCAUCAUUUUGUUCACCUUGUCCAGCAGGGCACUCAUGUGAUGAUCCCAGUCAAUUGCCACAAGCAUGUUCCUCUUCAGAAUAUUGGAACAAUGGUGGAGAGAUCCCACGAUGUGCUCCUUGUCCAGCAGGCUACAGUUGUGGAAAUGUCACCCAACCUCCUGUUCCAUGUCCAUCUGGGUUUUACUCCCUUCAAGGAAAUGCCUCUUGUACAGAAUGUGAAGCUGGACAGGCUUGUACUGAUCCUGCUCAGGCACCUAAACACUGUGUUAGUGGCACUUACAGUCAAAAGGUUUGUACCAGGUUACAUGUUAUAACAGUGGCAUACUCUUUUGUCUAAGGAAUAUGUUUGAGCCAUUCGAGGUAAAUUUCUGUUUCCAACUGUCUUCUGUGAGAGUAGCAAAGGGGGAGCUGUGAUCUCAUUUCGCAUACACACAUACACGUAUUACAUAAUAUAUACUUCUAGCUACUUUUAUUGAUGGUGGUUUUCUGUCAAAUUCACAGACCCCAUAUGUCUUUUAGUUGCUUUUCACAUGUCACACACCAAUUUUUUUGCCUCAUCAUGUGUCACGCAUGAGCCCUUUGCUACCCUGUUUUGUAUGUUGUGGGAAUAUGUA